UCCGCCUACUUGCGCUGUGAUGUGCCCACCGUUGACAACCAAGAACUGGUCAAGUUAUAAACCCUUGAUUGCUAUUGGAACCAACCAGGGCAGUAUCCAGGUAUUCAACCUCUCCACAGGGAUCCUGACACGGGAAUACAGUAUCCAUACUGGAAGUGUUAGGGGAGUGUCGUGGUCUAGUUUAAGCAGUUUCUUCUCUUGGUCUCUAACCCCUGGAAGUUCUUCUAAGAAUGAGCUUCAGCUUCUGGAUCUGAAAACAGGUCACUCAACCCAUAUCUCUCUUGGAAAACAUGCUGAGGAAGUACCCAUUGAAUGUGUGAAAGUAUCUCAACUCAGGCAAUACUUUUUCAUUGCAUUCAAAGACAGACCUUUGCAGUUAUGGGAUUUGAAGAAUCUUUGUGUACUAAAAGAACUUCCAAGAAACUUCCCGAAUAUCACAGCAUUGGAGUGGUCACCAUCUCAUCACUCCAAGCAUCUCAAGAAGAAGCUAAGCAGUCAAUUAGAAGCGUCAGGUGCUUCAGAUAUUGCUUCUCAUGUACUUGAUCCAAAACGAUUGGACCCAACUCAAACUCAGAUAUGGAUCAAGGAGCAUUUUGUAUGUGUUGAUGUCAAUGGCUUAUUGUAUCACUUCUUAGUUGAAGGAAACAAUGUCAAAGAUGGCUCCAAAGUUCAAUGUGAUAGUACGCUUGGUGUUGUCCAGUGUAUGGCUUGGAAAGGUGAUAUUAUGGUGCUUGCUGAUAAUGAAGGAAAUCUCAGUAUUUGGGAACUAAAGGCAAGAGUUACCAGGCUUGUAGCAACCCAUAGAGGAUGCAUCAAAAAGAUCAAGUUUGCUCCAGGAAGAGGUAACUUAAAACUAGGCGUCUUAUUCACUGAUGGGAUGGAUGUCUGGGAUUUGCAAUCGGCUGAAAUGUACAGUAGUUACAAGAUACCUAAAGAUAGUUCACCCACUGUUGACCUGGACUGGCUGGCAUCAGACCUACCUUUGAUUGUCCAGGCAAGUGGUUGUCUGCAGGUUAUGGACAUGGAGUUACAGUCGUCAACAGUUGCUAUGGCAUCAUUAAGUCUACAUGAUUCAAUCUGGUGCCCUCAUAUACUGGAAUCCAAGACAGCUCUUAUUCUUAAGACCAUUUUACAACACCAUUUAGGAAGAGAACCUUGUUCUCUGACAGAUAUAUCAGAUCUUGAACUUCAGCCUGAGCUGGAGAAAAUCCUGCUUGACCAGUUAUGCCUUGUUCCUAAGGUUAUUUCAGACUAUGUUCCUAAAACUCCAAUGGGUACUGCUGAAAAAUGCCUUCUUACUGCGCAUUUGUUUGAUGAUGAAGCUGAAUCAGUUUUCUGGGAUGUUGCGUUACAUUAUCUGCGUAGAGAAAAAGCAAGGCUGUCUUGCCCUCUCCAUAAGACCAAUCACAAGCCACCACAAGCAACAAGUCGUCCCAGGUCCUCCUCGGACCUUUUCAAUCCCUCAGACGCAACCGCCAAAAUCAAGAGAUCAUUCAGUUCCAAUUCCCUGGAUCUUCUCACGAUCGACGAUGACCUACAGAUUACUGCCGUAGAAGCGCCUGGUACUAGUGAUUACUGCUGUUGUCUUCCUGUUUCUUUGGAUAUGUGCUUUGAGAUUCUGUGUGACUCUGACGCAUUCCAGAAAGCACAGUUAGACCGAAUUGCACUCCACGACAGUAAGAGAUCUACGUAUGAACACACAAGAAAAUGUGCUGAAGCUCUUGUACUACUAGGCCAGGCCGACCGAGCUGUGCAACUGUUCCUAGAAACAGAAUCGUCUAAUGACAACUACUAUGUAGACUCAUUAAG